GCGGCUGCUGAUGCAAGCAUACUAUAUAGCUCUCCGCCGGCCACAAGAACUUCCUCACAUCUCGAACUGUGAACAUGUCAGGAUAUGCCAAUCAACGCAGCGCCCGCCUACGCAUCUUGCCAGCAUGGCCCCUGGCACAUGGGUAUCCCGCGUGCGCAGUCUUCCAGGCAAGAUAAGGAGAGGACAUAUAGGCCACGGGAUGCGAGCUUGUUCGCACUCACAACUCAAGUCUCCCGAACGUACACUUUUUCAGUCUCUUCGCAAGUGCGCACUCGUCCAACAUGCCUCCCACUCGAGUAGGUGUCAUCGGCGCAGGCGUCUCCGGUCCUGUGGCAGCCAUGCUCCUGAAGCAGAAGGGAUACGACCCUGUCGUCUACGAACGCCUCGACGCCAUCUCCGAAGCGGGCCUCGGUCUCGGAAUACAGUACAACGGACAGGCAGUGCUCGCCAGAAUCCCAGGUCUAGUCGAGCACAUCGACGGCUUCCAGUUGGAUGAGUUCCACUUCUACUCGGUCUUGCCCGAGGACCCUGGUCUGCUCGGGAUCAGUGAGAACAGGCGCCGGCAGCGUGAGACUCACGGGCUUGGGUCCAUUGCCGUGCUACGCCCGGUCCUGCACAAACGACUCGUCGAGCACGCGCAGAAACUCGGCAUUCAUGUCAAGUAUGGACACAAGCUGAAAAAGCUCGAACAGGAGGAGGAUAGCGUCACUGUCACGUUUGCCAAUGGCGUCAAGGAGACUUUCAGCUUUGUGAUUGGGUGCGACGGCUUGCAUAGCAGCACUCGCAGCUGUCUCUUCGGGGAGACACCUGCAGACUACACCGGUCUUGCCUCGUGGGGUGGUGUGUCUCCCAUUCCCGAAUUCUGGAGGGGGAAGCAUGCGCUGGCGGACUUGUAUGGUAACGGCGCGCAUAUGAUUGUUAUCCCUGUGAGCGACUCGCUGAUGCUCUGGCUUGUUUUCAUGCGCGAGCCAGAGGUCAAGGAAGGGUGGAAGUCGAUUGAUCCCGCAGCGGCCGAGGACUUCAAGAAGAACUCGCCGUUUACCGAGUGGCCCUUCGGCGCUGGCGAGUUGGUCAAGAACAGCCUGAACAUCGUCCGGUUCGGUAUCUAUGAUCGCCCCGAGUUGAAGACCUGGUCCCAAGGACGGGUAGUCCUCGUCGGAGAUGCUGCCCACCCUACCAGCCCUCACCUCGGUCAGGGCGCGAACCAGUCGUACGAGGACGUCGGCCUGUUGAUCGACCUUCUCGAGCAGCACAACCCCUCGGCGGAGUCACCGUCAACAGAGACGCUGAAGACGAUCUUUUCAGAGCUGGAGCGAGUGCGCCUGCCCCGCACGGCAGACCUCGUCAAGAGGGCGCGUGCGCAGGGCGAGAGGCGUGUCGUCUCGGGCGUCGAGGAGUGCAUCAAGCGCAACGACUACUGCCGCGAGACAUGCAAGGACCCUGCCAAAGUCAGGGAUCGAUUUGGCGCAUGAGGUGGGGUUGUGAUCACCUGAGUGUCUAGUCGUCUUGUAUUUAUGCUUGGCAUUGACGGUUCCGAAUAUUACCCACUUCUACUAGUCUGAUAAUUUGUGUAUGUGAAACGCGCUGUCCACUGAGUAGUAUGUUCAAUUAACGUGCUAGCAUGUUUCUAUCCUGCAUAUCUCGCAAGAGGUGCAUAGAAUCAGUAAAGUUACGGUUCCCCAGAUCGUCAGAGUCCCUCGGCUUCCUUUGGCGCGUUUCGGCGUCCCAAAAAAAUAUGAUUCAACCGGUCUUUUGAGAAGAGUUCAAAGACGGUAGGGGGAGG